ACGCAGCGAUCCCGCAUUCUUGAAAAUUGCAUUCCGGCCCCUCCCACGCCGUCCAUUAAUUCCAUUAAUAGCAAACAGCAACAACUCAUGCACCAGAUUCAUUAGCAUGAAAAUAUUGAAUUUUUUAUCCAUAUAUUUUUCCAUUAAUGUUUCGUAACACUCUGUAAGCUGCCGAAACAACCCAUAUUUGCAACAAACAAUUGAUGGGAGCAAAUGCAAUUAUUACUGUAUAAUAUAAUCUGUACAGCGACAGCAUCUGCUUGUCUACUUUGGUUUGUCAUUUUCCGCCUCAGAUUGAUGCAAUGAGAUUAUGAAAAUUACUCGCACGCGCAGUUCGCAAACAUUUGAGGUCGAAUUCGGAUGAAAGAUUGAAACUUGUGCCGUUGAAAUGGGGAGAGUUCGCUGUUGAAGAAUCUUUUUUUGGGGGGAAUCUAAUAGUAGCUUUUUUUUGUAGAAUUCUGUUGAUGUCUGAAGUCAACGAGUUCGGGGAUCUUCUUGAUGAGAGAGGUAACGGUGCGGCGGCGGGGGAGGUUGGGGACUGGAGGUUUCAGGCGGCGGAGUUCGCGAAGGGGGCGGCGGAGAUGAGCGUGGAGUUCGGGAAGGGGGUGAGGGAUGUGGUGAAGCAGACGGUGCUGAGGGAGGAUUCUGUGAUUAUGAAGAAGUUCAAGGGCCCUUGUCAGAAAUUGUUUGGGAGGUUGAGGUUUUUGAAUGAGUAUUUGCCCGAAGAUCGCGAUCCGGUUCACGCUUGGACCGUCAUUGCCUGCGUCUCCAUUCUUGCUUUUGCAGUCUUAACUGUAAAUACGACUCGAACUACGACUCCAUUGGUUAACAAGAUGAAGCUGCACCCUUCCACUGCUACCCUUAUACUGCUUCCAGACGGGAGGCGAUUGGCUUAUCAAGAACAGGGCGUCCCGGCUGAUAAGGCCAGAUAUUCAAUGAUAGUUCCCCAUUCGUUUCUUUCAUCCCGGCUUGCAGGUGUUCCGGGUGUCAAGGGUGCGUUGCUUGAAGAGUUUGGCAUCCGCCUCUUGACAUAUGAUCUACCGGGAUUUGGGGAAAGUGAUCCUGAUCCGAAGAGGGACCUUGAGUCCUCGGCUCUGGAUAUGCUGCACUUAGCGUAUGCUGUCAAUGUCACCGAGAAGCUGUGGGUGUUGGGCUAUUCGGAUGGAAGCAAGCAUGCUUGGGCUGCCCUGCAUUACAUUCCUGAUCGGAUUGCAGGUGCUAUAAUGCUUGCUCCGAUGGUUAAUCCAUACGAUCCAAGACUGAGCAAAGAAGAGAGCCGGAGAAUCUGGUGGAAAUGGACACUAAAGAGAAGGCUGAUGUACAUUUUAGCUCGAAAAUUUCCUAGUUUGCUUCCGUAUUUCUACCGGAGAAGUUUCCUUUCUGGACACCACGGUGAGGUAGACACGUUGCUCUCGGUCUCAUUAGCGAAGAGGGAUAGAGCUGUGGUUGAACACAGAAGCUUCCGAGAGUUCUGGCACAGGAACGUUGAGGAGUCCGUUAGGCAGGCGAAUGCAAGGCCGUUCGUUGAGGAAGCUGUCUUGCAGGUCUCGAAUUGGGGCUUCAGCAUUGGCAACCUCAACGGGCGCUACAAGUAUAAGGGUAAAGGCCUUCUUGCUUGGCUCAAGUCACUCUACACUCCUGCAGAGAAGCGAUUGACCGGCUUCCUUGGCCCGAUACACCUAUGGCAGGGAGACGAGGAUAUGAUCGUCCCUCCGUGGAUGAGCGAGUUCGUGCAACGGGACCUGCCGGACGCCAUCCUGCAUAAGCUCCCCUACGAGGGUCAUUUCAGCUACUUCUACUUCUGUGAUGAAUGCCAUCGGCAGAUUUUCACUACGGUUUUCGGACAUGCUCGAGGCCCUCUAGCCGCGAACGAGGAUCGAGCUCCGGUGGAAGAUGAAGUUCAAGAAAAUGGUGAAGCAAUCUGCAGUGAUGCAGCAGCAGCAGCAGCAAAGGAAUAGAAUGUGGCUGCAUUUGCAGAGGAAGAUGAUGAAUUGAGGUAAUUAAGAUUGUGGUUUUUGAUAGGGAGGAUAGAGUAUAUAGUGAAAAGCAGAUUAAUUCAUUGAAAUGAUAAAUAUAUAUAUUUUGGAUAGUGUUACACAGUUUCUCACAUACAUUAUUUCCAAGAUUUGUUGCAAAGUACUCCAUCCUUUUCUGAUUCAGUAAUGAGAGUUCUAUUUUGGAAUUCUAUAGAAAAA